CCCAACCAAGCACGAACACGGCAUGAGUAAGAACGGGACUUACUUCCUAUAUGCAUUGUUCUGAUUCCUGUUCUUACUGUCAGUUUAUUUAAAGUUCUAUUACGUAAUUUGUAAAUACACCAGAAUAAUUUAGAAUGUGUUAAAUAUCAUAAAACGUUACUCAGAAGAGCAACCGUGAAUUUCUGUUCCAUCUGGUUCACGCACGUGGAUGAGGUGACAUACUGACUAUGGAAGAGAUGCAGGAAGAAGAAAGAUUGAUAGAUAAUGGUAUUCGCGGCAGACGUUCUUGGGAGAAGGGCAACGCCAUGGAUUCUCCAUCUGUGGAUGAAAACCAGGAGCUUGGCUUCUUCAAAGUGUGGUUUCUCAUCUCUCAACUUCUGGGUGUGAUUAGCAUCGCCCUGGUGUCUGCCUGGUGCGGGCAGUAUCUGGGAGGAUUCGCGUGGCAGUCAGAGCCUAAAAUACAAUUUAAUCACCAUCCAUUCUUUAUGGUACUCGGGCUUGUCUUCUGCUAUGGAAAUGCGUUAUUGGUGUACCGUGUGUUUCGCAACCAAAGGAAAAGAUCCCUGAAGCUCCUGCACUUCGGCCUGCACACCUUAGCUUUCAUUUUCACCAUAGUGGCCCUCAAGGCGGUAUUUGACUCCCACAAUUUGAACUCGCCCCCACUCCCCAACCUCUACUCCAUUCACAGCUGGCUGGGACUCACGACUGUCAUCCUCUUCGCAUUACAGUAUUUAUUUGGAUUCGUGGCGUUUUUGUUCCCUGGAUUGACAAAGAUUUGGCGAGCUAAGUACUUACCCUUACACGUCUUCUUCGGACUUGCGAUAUUUGUGAUGGUGAUUACUGCCUGUCUCAUGGGUAUUACGGAAAAGAUUAUAUUUAGCGAGGGCGGCAAAUACAAAGAUCUGCCACCUGGUGCCGUUUUGGCCAAUCUCCUCGGCUACUGCCUCAUCAUAUUUGGCCUGAUGAUUGUGUACCUGGUAGCCACCCCCCAAUUCCGAAGGCGUCCCCUUCCCGAAGAAGUGCAGCUGCAGCUGGAUCAGCAGAUUCCCAGCAAUUGAUGGAGAUGUCAGUCGACUUUUUUUCCCGUGGCUCUGUACUUACUUAUUGAACUUCGAUUCGUUACUCUCUAGAUGUGAGUUGCCUUGCUGACGGAGAAACAUUCUCGUUCGCUCUCCGCGUUAGAUGGUGAGGAGCUGGUGGAAUAAUCCAUGAAAAUCGAAGAUACUCCAGAGAAAAUGUCUAAUAUAAAAUUAUUCACUGUGUCCUGUAUCUUAAUAGCUUUAAACUUCACUAAAAUCUUUUUCUGUUAGUGAAUCAACUCUUUACACACUCACCUAUUUUUAUAUAUAUCUGAAUGUAUUGUUUAUGCAUUUCAAAACUAUCCGUUUCUCAUCAUAUCCCUUUGGUUCUAGUUAUUUCAUAUGAUGGCUUAGAUGUUUUAAGCUAAAAAAAAGUAUUUAGGGUUUAAAGGGAAAUGUACUCAGGAAAGAAAUGCAGGCAAAAUAAGUAACUUGUUAAUACAAUUAUUUCAUGAUUAUUUACAAUAUUUACUAUCAAAUAAUAUACAGAUAUUUUUUUUUUAUUUUUUGAUGCAGAAGAAGUAUGAUAAGAGGAAGGGAAUUUAAAAAAUAUUAAAUCUGAAACUGUAAUAUUUCUUCUGUAUCUUGCUUAUCUAAGAGGAAAUUUGCAUUUAAUUGGGGAAAAAAUUAGCAUUUAAACAUUUAUAUUAGGUUCAGAACUCCUUAUGUUUCUUAAAAAUGAUAACUACGUAUCGAGUUCUAAUAUUUUAUUUGUAUUGAAUAUGUGUUUCAUAUUGUUCAGCAAAUGCAUUUAGUGUCAGUGCUUUAAGAACUUAUUAUUGUGUGCUUUUAACUUCAAUAUUUUUGUUAUUUGCAAUAUUGUGCGUCAUUUUAAAAAUUUCAUCUGAAUAAAUGUUUAUUUAGGGAUGAAAUGACAGAAAAUCUCUAAAAAAAUCAUUCAUUCAAGUAACGUAAAGAAAUUUUUAUAAAGACGAUUUUUAAAUCGGGUGCAUUAUGCCAUGAAUUAUUCAACUAUAGCAAUAUUUACCGGUAUUCGAAACUUUGACUGCACACUCUUCUAUCAAUAUGUUUGAUACCUGAUAGAAGAAAUAAAGCCAAUCCACUUUGAUAUAAAAUAUUUUAAUGCAAUUUAUUGAAUAAAUGGAUUACAUUUAAGCUACUUUAUUUCUUCUUAACACCAUUCAUUUUUUUUUGAGAAAAGUAAAAAAAAAAAAAAAAAAUGUCCUAUAAAGGCAAGAACCUUUUUUAGCCUUUCCGGAUUAAACCUCUUCUUUUAGGCAAUGCAGAUCUCGGAACUCCAUUUAUCCUAUAAACUUUCAAAACAAAAUAUCUUUUUCAAUUUAAUCUGUUUAUAAGCAGUUUUAAGUAAUGAAUCUUGGCAACGUGAAAUAAUAAAAAGUUCAUUAUAAUUAUAAAAAAUUAUAGUUAAGUUCAUUAUAUUUUAUAUAUAAAAAAAAUGCACAACUGAAAUUCGAAAGUAUUUUUAAACAAAAUGUUUAAAAAAAAAGGGCAAAACUUUCCUUAACAUCAUCUAAAUAAUAUUUAAUAAUAGAAUCGGCUACUUUUUUUAAAUUGUAAAACAUCCUUUUUUUUUUUUUUUUUUAGAAUUUUAAAAUAACAUGAUAUAACAUUUGCAAACGUUAAUUGGUUAGAAAGAUUACUAGAAUAAUAUUACAAAAUUGAUUCAAGCAAUACUGGAUUUUAAUUUAAAUAAGUUGGAUUGCAUGGUCUUUAUAAUUGAAUGAAAAUCACAAAAUUAAAUAACUUUCAACAUACUGGAAAAAAAUAUUUAGGGCUACGGAAGCUCCUUGGUUAGUACCUAUUUAAUAAUCCGGCCUUAUGUAAAGGAUUUGCAAAUGGAAAGCUAACUUUCCACUCUUACUGCAAAUUCCCAUAUUUUUUUUAAAUCUUUUUAAUUAAAUAUAUAAGUAUAAAACAUUUAAUUCGAUCGUUUCAUUUCGAAUGUUGUGCCAGUGUAUUUCGAAUGGCGAUUUAAUUUAAAGGAGCGAAGAAAAUGUCGAAUCAGCAAGGCACAUCUAGUGACAAUAUGCCAGUUUUACAGAAGGUGAUACUGCAAAUUCGAUGGUGUCUUUCUUGUGAAGCUUCUUGUCAAGUGUUUUCAAUCGCUACUAUCAUUGUAAACUGCGCUGUGUAAUUUAAAUCUUCUUUCUUGUGACAUAUCUUUGCUGCAUUCGAAAUCCGAUUUUGAUAAUAUAAUAUACUAACUUUGCCUAGAUAGGGAUAAUUCUAAUACAUAUCUAUUGCAUUCGUCCUUUUGAUAAAGUUUUCAAUCUAGAUUGAAAUAGAGAUUCUCUGGCCAUAUUAGGAGAUUUUGCCGUUUACAUAGGUGAAUAUGUUAUGAAAUUAAAAACAAUAUUUAGUAUUAUUCUACGAAUAAAUAGGAAAAAUAAAUAAAAUGACCAAAGAUUUUUUUUCCUUUCCUUUUAUAAAAUUUAUUUUACGUCUAUUCAAAAUUUAUAAUAAUUAUAUCAAAAUUUAUUAAAUUAUUAGCUAAUUUUUAAUUAUAUUUAAUUAUGUUUAAUUUUAUUGUAUGAAGCCAAUAACAGAUUACGUUGCAAAAGAUUUUGUAUUAAAAUUAAAAAUAAUAAAAUCCACUAGUAGGUGCACUUCAUAUUGUAAAAGGAUGCCAAGUCGCCAAUUCCAUAUGGCAACAUACCAUUGGCGACUUGGAAUCUGUUGGCGAUAUGAAGGAGUACCAGAUAGUGGAUUUGUAACAUACAUAAUUUUUUAUACGCUAUCUUUUGCAUUAGGAACGAUAAUAAACUUAAUUCAACAGAUGGAAGGAAGCAUUGAAAAAAUUUGUGUAAUUUAGUUUAAAUUUUUAAAAAUUACUAACAAAUUUAUUUCUUCUUAAAAAUAUUCUCACAUCCAAAAUUUUUUUUAUGCAAAACAAAAAAAGAAUAAUUUUCAAGGAAAGUGGAAUCAAACUGAGAAAUUUGACUCCACCUUUUACUAAACAGAGGUUAUUAAAAUUUACUAGUCAUAACUAAAGAAUAGCUAAAUUAUUUGAUAAGGUAAAAUAACUCUGAACCUUUUUGUAAAUUCUAUCUCAAAUAUUACAUAAACUGUUAGAAAAUGUGAAAUGAACUCUUUUAUACAGUUAAGCUUAAUAAUUUACAGGAACUAUUCAAUGCCGUAAUUACCUAUGUCUAUAAAGUUUAGAUACAUUUCUACCCUCGCUAAAAAGUAUUUUCAAAUAAAAAUUUUGUAAAUGUUAUUAUGAAAGCUCAUGUAGUUAGAGUAUGCAAAUUUGUGUACAAUUGAUGUUAAGAGAAAUUAGAACAAUCUAAAAUAACAAUUUUUAUAUUCAAGAUAUAUCUGGAAAAACAAUUAAUACUGACAGAUGUGCUAACUUUUGCAUACAAAUAUUUUUUAUUCCGAUAAAAAUAACAAUGAAAAAGAAUUGAUAUUGAAUUAUAUUUACUGUAAAAAAAGUCAAACGUGAUUAAAAAAUCGUUUGCUUCGAAUGGAAGAUGUUUCCUUGUUUUAAUUGUUUCGCGUAUUUGUGAAUUUACGAAAUAUAUUUAAGAAUAUGUUUUAAAAUUAUUUUUUCUAAAAAGUCUUGCAAAAA